AUGGACACCUCAGUGAGCCAUAACUAUGAUACGACUUCCCAGUCUGCAUCUCUGAAUGCUCGACCCGAGAGCCCCCGAGCCGCCGUCCGUCAAUACAUCGAAGAAACAAUCGCAGCAUUGUUUGAGCAAGUCUGCAUCCCCGACGGCAAAGGCAAACCGAAUAUUACAAUCAAGCGAAGACACGCUGCUGCCAUGAACUUAUACCGCGUCAAUAUGUCAACUGGUGCUCUUGAAAGUGACAAUACAGAAAGGAAAGUCACGUAUACAUGGCCUGGGAAAGACGCCUAUGAAGCUUGGAGAUUCAGCAUAACUUUGCGUGUCCUCACGGCAAUAGCCGAGGCAUUCGACUCCGGCGUGGUUGUCUCCAAAAGGGAUAUAUACUACAGUGAUCCGGCGGCUUUUGAAUCCCAACAGGUUGUCGAUACGCUUGUUGAUGAUCUUGCUUAUACGAUUGGGGUGAGCCGCUUCGACUUGAAUGUGGAGGCAGCUGCCAAAGGCCUUGUGACGGGGUUCUAUCAAGUGACAACCACAACAGGCGAGCGAAUUGAUGCACGGUUGUUGACGAACGACUGUCUCAUACCGAGAGUACAAGAUAUAUCUAGGCUGGAUAUCUCAGACGUUGACUGGGUCCUCAUCCUUGAGAAAGAGGCUGUCUUUCGCAGACUCACAUGGAGCAACUUUCACAUCCGCGCCAGAGCAGGAAUGGGUCUCAUAGUCACCGGAAAAGGCUACCCAGACCUUGGAACCCGCGCCUUUGUCCGCAAGAUCUACGACUCAAUCCCUUCAUCACGAUCUCACAGGCCCCCACCCAUCUAUGCGCUAGUCGACAGCGACCCAGACGGCAUAGCCAUAAUGUCAACGUACAAAUACGGGUCAAUGGCGCAACCGCGCGAGAACAGCAGCUUGGUCGUUCCCUCUCUGCGCUGGUUAGGGCUGCGGACCACCGAUGUUGUGGAGGACGGUGAGGAGGCCCUCAAUGGCGACGAUCUGAUGCCUUUGACGCUGAGGGACCGGAAGAAGAUUGUUGCUAUGCUGUCGAGGAACCCGGUUUUCGCUGUUGAUGGACCAGAGCCAGAGUGGAGGGUUGAGUUGCAGAGGAUGAUGAUGUUGAAUAUCAAAGCUGAAACUGAGAUUCGAUAUGGAAGAGACGGAGGGCUUGAGGGGUGGAUUGAUGGGGAAAUGGGACGGCGAGGUGGCAGAUAG